UGGCAACUCUGCGCCAGCUGACGCUUCUCUCGCACUUCAGCACGCGUGUGCGAUGUGAUUGCGAUUACACAAAUCAUGUUUACAAAAUCCUACAGAAUCACAUAGAUUGGCCUUAUUGUUUUACCGGUUUAUCCAUGAAGUUUCAAGCAAAGUAAGUGUUUUCGAUUAUUGUUACACAACAGCUCAAGCUGCUGAAACAAGUGACGUGCCAAUCGGACUGCCCAUCACAAUGAUCAAAUUGAGCCAACGGUUCUCUGGCCGGCUAGCGGCGAUAGUGCUAAAUCAACGAAAUAUUCUCCAAGGUAGAACUUGCGCACCGUUUUUGGUUGCCUUACGCGGUAAGAAAGACGAUGGAGGUCGGUUGUUCACUCCGGUACCGAUACGACCCAAUCCAGAUGAUAUCAAUGUCGGUGCAGAACUGACCGGAGGGUCUCUCGAUAAGGCCGAAAUGUUGAAAGUUAUUCUUCAGUUCAGUAGUCGAAAAGAAAUCAAAUUUCUUUGUUUGGAGAAUGGCAUAGAUUCCAAUUUGCAACAGCAGGCAUUCACCAGCUUUCGGCGGUAUUGCCUGGAAACGGACGCUUUACCGGCCGAUUUACAUGUCGUACUGAGUGAUAUCCUGCAAGGUGCCGGUCAUGUUGACGAUAUAUUUCCGUAUUUUUUACGGCAUGUUAAGCAUAUCUUUCCACACCUGGAGUGUAUGGACGAUCUGAAAAAGAUUUCUGAUUUGCGACAGCCAGCUAACUGGUACCCUAAUGCAAGAGGGAUCAAUAGAAAAAUUAUUUUCCAUUCUGGCCCAACCAACUCUGGAAAAACCUAUCAUGCCAUGGAACGGUUUUUGACAGCCAAAUCGGGCGUUUACUGUGGCCCGCUGAAGCUCUUAGCUAGUGAAGUUUACAACAAAAGUAACCAAAGGGGAACACCCUGUGAUCUGAUCACCGGUGAGGAACGAAAACUUGCUGAUCCAAGUGGAAAUCCAUCGAAGCACGUGGCGUGCACUGUUGAAAUGACUUCUAUCAAUACUCCGUAUGAGGUCGCUGUUAUAGACGAAAUCCAACUACUUAAAGAUAUCGGUCGUGGCUGGGCUUGGACCCGAGCUUUACUUGGAUUGAUGGCCGAAGAAAUACACGUGUGUGGUGAGCCUGGGACACUGGAACUGCUGCAGAAGAUUUGCGAUACAACGCACGAGACGCUAGAGGUGCGAAAGUAUAAAAGGCUGACAGCUUUGCAUAUCGAAAAUCACGCAUUAAUGUCGCUGGACAAUGUGGCGCCAGGAGAUUGCAUUGUCUGCUUCAGUAAAAACGACAUCUACAGUGUCUCACGUGAGAUCGAAGCGAGGGGAAAAGAAGUGGCGGUUAUUUACGGUGGAUUGCCACCUGGCACGAAGCUUGCUCAGGCGGCUAAAUUUAAUGACCCUGAAAAUAGCUGUAAAGUUUUGGUUGCGACAGAUGCGAUCGGUAUGGGACUUAAUCUUAGUAUUAGGAGAAUGGUUUUCUACUCAAUUAUUAAACCGACGGUAAACCAAAAAGGUGAAAAGGAAAUGGAUACAAUUUCCGUUUCGCAAGCGUUGCAAAUCGCUGGCCGGGCUGGACGCUAUGGUAUGAAGUGGGAUGAAGGGUAUGUAACGACAUAUAAGCCGGAAGAUUUACCCACCUUGAAAAACAUUUUGUCGCAAACCCCGGAUCCACUCACGCAAGCUGGAUUACAUCCAACAGCAGACAUGAUCGAACUGUAUGCUUACCACCUUCCGAAUGCUACGUUAAGCAAUUUGAUGGAAAUUUUCGUCUCGCUUAGUACGGUGGAUGAUUCACUCUACUUCAUGUGUAAUACGGAAGAUUUUCGGUUUCUUGCGGAAACCAUCCAGCACGUGCCUCUUCCACUGCGGGCGCGGUACGUAUUUUGUUGUGCUCCCAUUAACCGCCAAAUGCCGUUUGUUUGCUCCAUGUUUCUUAAGUAUGCCCGACGCUAUAGCAAAAAUGAACCGGUGACGUUCGACUGGUUAUGCAAUCAGUGCGGCUGGCCGUUCCAACUUCCGCGAACCAUCAUCGAUCUAGUGCAUCUGGAAGCUGUUUUCGAUGUUCUUGAUCUCUACCUCUGGCUCAGUUAUCGUUUUCCGGAUUUGUUCCCAGACGAAAAGCUAGUUCGCGAUAUCCAGAAGGAGUUAGACGACAUCAUUCAGCAGGGCGUCUUCCAAAUCACAAAGUUGCUGAAAAACUCGGAAACAGCAGUAUCGACCAACACCCCGGACGAGGAUUCAUUUGUAAUGCGACAAAAGAAGAGCAAAUACUAUCGGGAAAGUGCACCCCGAGGCGGAAAAUUGACGGAACGUUUACUAGCCCAGGGGCUGCUGACGCCAGCGAUGCUGCAGGAGCUGAAGGCCGAAUGGGACCAGCAGCAGACGAAGGCGGGACGGACGGGUAGUGAUGAUGAGGAUGACGAUUUCCCUGGCAAAAAAGCCCGCCGAAAACCGAGGAAACCAAAGUAGUGUAGUAAGAUGUUUACUGGAUAAACAUUGUAGUCGAGUUCCGAAA